AUGUAUGCCACGAUCGGGUACAUCGUUCCGGAGUAUUUCAAGUGGCCGGGCUUCCUGUCUCCCUCCUUGGGAUUGAAGUUCUCGGACGUGCCAAACGGCCUGGCUGCCAUCACCAAGGUGCCGGGUGCGGGCUGGGCUCAGAUCGUGGCCUUCGCCGGUUACUACGAGCUCUUUGUGUAUAAGUACAGCGGCACCCCCGGUGACUACGGCUGGAAGGUCCUCACCUCCAGCGACCCAGAGGGUUUGAAGAAGAAGUUGAGCGCUGAGAUUGCCAACGGCCGCCUGGCCAUGAUGGCGAUCAUUGGCAUGUUCUUCCAGGACGGACUCACCGGCUCCGCCUGGGGCGACUGGGCCAACUACACGGACUCCCCCCUGCGAGCCUUCGAGGAUCAGACUGGAGUGCAGCCGCCUGUCGGAUUCUGGGACCCCCUGGGUCUCUCCGCAAGCGGCAAUGUCUCGGACUUCAAUCGCCGCCGUGAGGUGGAGCUCAAGCACGGACGAGUGUCGAUGUUCGCCACAAUCGGCUACAUCCUUCCGGAGUACUGGAGGUUCCCCGGAUACCUCUCCAAGUACCUGGACAUCAAGUUCGCCGAUGUGCCCAACGGCCUGAGCGCUUUCUCCAAGGUCCCUGCAUUCGGCUGGCUGCAGAUCGUCGGCUUUGCCGGCAUCGUGGAGGUCAACAUCUACAACGAGCAGAUCAACAACGAGCCGGGCAACUACGGAGCAGGCUUCCUUGGCUUGAGGUCCAUCGGCAUCAUGAACACCGGCAUCGAGGACCCUGAGACUCGCAAGAAGAAGCUGAAUGCCGA